GCUCAGGUCCCACUGACACCCUGACCAGGCACAGGCAUGAACUGAGCGUGCUGGGGACCCAAGGUGCCACAAGGGGGGAGCUGGUCAGAGCUCAAGUCCCCAGGAAGGAGAAAGAUACCACCGUGGGUCCGGGCAUUCAGCUCCAGGCUCAGCAAGCAGGAAACUGGUGGAGGUCUUGGUUCUGAGUAGCGUCAAGAUCUUGGGUCUGGUCCGCCCCUCUCCCCAGCCCUGGAAGGACAGAGGGAGCUAGCCUGAGCUCCCUUGGCUGAGGUGCCAUGGCCAGACUCUACCCAAGCCUACUGCUCCUGGUGGCCAAUAUGGUUCUUGUGUCCAGAGAUAUUCGCACCUGGGGCUGGAAGAAGGUGGUGCGGGAAUUCAAAGACAUCCCGGAAACCUAUGUCUAUGUGCAGCAGGCACUGUGGUUUGCCAUGAAGGAGUAUAACAAGGCCAGCAAAGACAAGUACGCUUUCAAGGUGGUGAAAGUGCUGAAGUCCCAGGAGCAGGUCACAGAUAGUUUGGACUACUUUCUUGAAGUCAAAAUUGGCCGAACCAUGUGCAAGAAAGCUUUAGGAGAAAAUGAAAACUGCUUAUUACAACAGGAUCCUGAAAUGCAAAAGAUGCUUCAUUGCACCUUUAUUGUUGUAACCAAACCCUGGAUAUUUGAACUCACUCUGCAGAAGAAACAUUGCAAAGAUGUCUAACUGUCUUCUAGUACAUCUGUCAGUCUCACUUUCACUUAAAGAAACAACAACAUCUGCAAAAUAUUUAAAUAACACAGCUGGCCCACUGA